AUGAGUGGAGUAGGGUUUAGUCCACUCACAUGCCUCCUCGCCUGCCUGUCCCCCUGUUCCUCUCUUCCUUCCACCCAGAAAUCCACGGAGGAGUCACCUGCAUUCCCAGUGGACAUGUGGUAUGUGCUGCGCAACGUGCUGCGGCGGCUCUCAACAGUCUACUGGAAGCCGGGACGGCUGCAGCGCCACCUGCUCAUGCUGGGCGCUGAGGACGUUGACGUUACGCUGAAGAAUCCGGUAGCGGCCGAGUCAGUCGCGGAUCUCAAAAAAGUCAACCGCUGCUGCCUUUCAUCCUUUCCCUCCUUGCCUCCUCCUCCCUGCCUUCCCCCACAGCUAGAGGAUUCGGUGGUGGCCAAGUCAGUGGCGGCGCUCAAAGAGGGCUGGAAUCGAGUCAGCCGCUGCUGCCGAGGCCUGGGGCGAAGCAAGCCACAACCGCGCCGGGUGCUGCGGGUGGGCAAGCGGUGCUUGAAUGCCGACGCCCUGCUGGGGGUGCUGGAGCGCUGCGCUGCCAACCGCCCUCCUGGCAGUGACUCCGUGCGGGGAGGAGGCUUCAGCUUCAAGCGACAGCUCUGUGCUGCCAACAGACCUCCUGGUAGUGACUCCAUGCGGGGCGGAGGCUUCAGCUUCAAGCGACAGACCGAUCCCGACCCUACCAUCGAGGUUCAGCCCAUAGCUAACGUGAUCCUGGCGCAGUUUGGGGAGGUUCUGGAUGGGAUGGCAGCCCCGGUGGCCCCACUCAGAGACCAUGAGCAGCAACAGUUGGAGGAAGAGGAGGAGCAUAAGAGACUCAAAGAUACACUCACUAGGGUUUCUAGAGACGCUGCAUUGACAGCGGAGGGACUAGAAGUGCUGAAGGGGGAGGUGCAGCUGCAGAGGAGGGCAGUGAGGAGGCUGCAGAAGCAGGUGGUACAGCAGGAUAUGAGAGCGAUUGAGCAGGCGAGUGCGCUGCACCAGCAGCUGCUGCUGCAACAGGAACUCAUUCUGCGCUUGUUGAAUUCACAGAGCGACUCCGACGCUGCUUGA